AUGAAGCUGCGUAGUAAUCGCGAUACGCAGGAUCAUCGUUCUGUCAUGGAGCAAUGUCCUAUUACCGUCAGUCUGAUGCAAUCGGGAGAAACUGACAGUAGGAGGAAAACGAAAACAAUUAGUAGUCGUAGUGGAAAGCGAACAAAACGGAAGGCACAGGACUUAAAUUCACCAACGACUUCUGAUUCUGACUCAACAUCACAGCAUUUAGAACUUCCUCUUCUCAGUAGUGAAGAUAGUACGCCUAUAAAACGUAAAAAGGAUAAUAAAACUAAGAAGGAUAAUGUUGACGAAGCAGAUACAUUUGUCGUUCAAGAAGAUAUUUGCUCUAUUCCAGACCAUGUUUUGAUCUCAAUUUUCACACUGUUACCUAUUGUGGAUCGCAUAAAAAUAGAACGGGUUUGUCGAAGAUGGCGUCAUAUUGCAAAGAAUUAUUCAUGGACGAGAACAGUCGAAUUUUCUUAUACAUCCUUACUUGGUGAUUUGGGAUGCCCACUUCCUUGCAUGGUGGAACGUCCAACAGUAGGCAAUAAAGAAAUAAAGUCGUUGGCGCAGCGAUGCGGUAAUCAUUUGCUUGAAAUGGAUUUGCAUGCAUUCAGGGACACACUGACAUACAAUGUAUGCAUGUGCUUUGCCAUUUAUUGUCCUAACUUAGCCGUGCUAAAUAUGUAUGGAAUUCAACUUACUAAUUCCUCUCUAAAAUCACUUGGAAGGCAUUGUCCAAAGUUGGAAAUUGUAAAUUUUCAUCGUUGUUUUCAGGAAAGUGUUGUGGAACGAGGAUUGACAUCUUUUUUUUCCAAAUGUCAGAGUUUGAAAGAAGUGGAUGUUGGAGAAAAUGAACGUCUUACUGGUCUUCCUUCAUUCACAGUUCUUCCGCGGUCCAUCGUUGAUCUUAGGAUUGGUGGUUGCUUCCGAUUAACUGCAGCAUCACUGUUUGCUGUGAAAGAUAGAUGUCCAGACCUGGUUGCUUUGACGAUGAAUAGUGUCGACAAUAUUUCACCAAAUCAUUUGAAUAAUUUUUUCGCGUCGCUUUCCAAUCUGGAGCUGCUCAAAUUUGGUGAAUGUUAUGUUUCGCACACUCUUGGGGGAACAGAAAUAAAUUUCACUAUGAUGAAGAAUCUCACUGAAUUAACUGUUUAUGACAAUUUGCUGAUCACAGAUGAGGUCUUACGAAAUACUGUGAUGGGUUGCAAGCAAUUAAAGUACGUUGACUUAAGCGGCUGCAGCCGUUUUGUUAGCAACAGCGGACUUCGUGAAUUAGCGAAACUACCUCAUCUUAGUCAUUUAAAUCUGGCAUACAUGCGGGUGGUAGAUGACGAAACUAUCCGAAUCAUAGCAGAAAAGGGUACUUUGCAGACCAUAUUAUUGCAUCGUUGUGAUGAAAUCUCAGAUGAAGCCAUUAAGAUGCUUUUAAAGCAUUGUGCGUGCUUAACUGCUUUAGAUGUUUCCUACUGUCCGAAAGUUACAGACGAAUCAAUGGAAAAUAUGUUGGUAUAUGUAGCUAAACGAUAUGAAAAAGAAACAAUGUUGCCAUCAUCGAGUAGAACAUAUGCUACACCACUGGAAGAAGUUGUUACAAAAAUGAGGCGACAUGAACGAGGUCUUCAAGGAAUACUGGAUGCGAAUUUUGAGCGUCAUUUGAUGCGUUUUGAGACUUUCCACUAUAAUGCAGAUAAUUUAUCAGAAUUCACGUCAAAUCCUGUAUAUGAUGUUCAUUUAGGACGUUACAAACCAAACCCAGAUGGGUUUACAGAAUUGCACAUUUGGAUUUCCCACAGCAGUAUAACUCAUCCAUAUCCUACUACACAUCCAAUGUUAAAAGUUGAUGAUCGCGACUCGAUUGCAGAGCAUGGCUCAUCUAUUUUUGAAUUUAGUGUUGUAAUAAGAAUAAAUUAG